CUCCUGGAUCCUUCUAUCAGGCAGUAAAUAUAAAUUCCGUCUCAGUCUAGUUAAAACGGGAUGCUACGACUAACACAAUACAGUCCACUCCUACGGCCGCGCGCUCUCUGUCCGUUUAUUUAUAUACUGGUGGCCGGUGGUUUGGAGCUGCCGACUCUUCAAAAGUUGGAGAGACGACAAGAGGAACCAAAUUUUUUUUAACUCCGGAAGAGUACUACUCUCCAGACUAUGAGCACUAGUCCGACUUUCCCCUGCAGUUACUGCCUACUACUGCUGCUACUAGUAGCAGCUCUAUUAGCGUCGUCGUCAAAAUCCGCCGCCGCCGCCGCCGCCGAUCGACGCAGCCUGAUUGCCAAUGGCCUCGGCAUGACUCCUCCCAUGGGAUGGAACAGCUGGAACCAUUUUCACUGUGAUAUCAACGAGAAAAUGAUCAAAGCCACUGCGGAUGGCUUGGUCUCGAGUGGGCUUGCUAAGCUUGGAUACGUCUAUGUCAACAUUGCUGGCUGCGUGUAAUUAGUGUCGUUUAGUCAAACAAUACCGGCGCCUUGCUUUGCUAGCUUCUUCUAAACUAAUCGUUCAAAAUCUUGUGCGUGGCAUGCAGAUGACUGCUGGGCUGAAAAGACACGAGAUUGCAAGGGCAAUCUAAGGCCAAAGAAAUCAACAUUUCCAUCCGGGAUUAAAGCAGUAGCAGAUUAUGUCCAUAGCAAGGGUCUUAAACUGGGAAUUUACUCAGAUGCUGGGUAUUACACCUGUAGUAAAACUCAACCUGGUUCGUUGGGUUAUGAGGAACAAGAUGCUCAAACUUUCGCUUCCUGGGACAUUGAUUAUUUGAAAUACGAUAAUUGCUUCAACGAUGGUUCCCGACCAACCAUUAGAUACCCAGUGAUGACCCGCGCUCUUAUGAAGACUGGACGCCCCAUCUACAUCUCCCUCUGCGAAUGGGGAGACUUGCAUCCAGCUGAAUGGGGGUUCAACGUCGGAAACAGCUGGAGAACAACCAACGACAUCUCCGACACGUGGGAAAGUAUGAUAUCGAAGGCGGACGAGAACGAGGUGUACGCCCACCUGGCCCGGCCAGGUGGAUGGAACGACCCGGACAUGCUGGAAGUCGGCAACGGCGGGAUGACGGAGAACGAGUACGUCGUCCACUUCAGCCUGUGGGCCAUCUCCAAGUCACCACUCUUAUUGGGCUUCGACGUCGCCAACGCCACCGCUACGCGGGCCGUGGCCCAUAUAGUGGGGAACGAGGAGGUGAUCAGGAUCAACCAGGAUCCACUCGGGGUCCAGGCCAAGAAGACCAGGAUGAUGGGCAGCAGGGAGAUAUGGGCCGGCCCAAUAUCCGGGUAUCGGUUCGUCGUGAUGCUGCUCAAUCGGGCCGAUGCCGGCGACGACGACACGGUGACGGCGUACUGGGACGACGUCGGGAUCCCGGCGAAGUCGUUGGUGGAAGUGAGGGACGUUUGGGAGCAUAAGACGUUGGGGAGAGCCGUCGCCGGGAAUAUCUCGGCCACCAUGCCACCUCGCUCUUGCAAGCUCUAUAUCUUGAAGCCCGUCGGUUGAUGACGACCUCAAACGUCGUCGAACGAUAUCGUAUUGUUGUGUGUGGUUGUUCACUCGUUACUAUUGAAUGUCGCGGGCUAUGAGUCUUAUGAGCGAUUAUGGAAUUAUUAGGUGGUAAUAAAUUAUAGUCUGAUUGCACGAUUGAAAUAAAAUACUAGCAAAUGUGUUCAUGAUUAAUAAAGCGUUAAGCAAGGGAUUAUGACAUAAAUAAUGCA